UGUUACUUUAGGUGAGCAAGAGCAGGUGAGCUUUUUUCAUUUUUUGUGAAUUUGUGUGAUGGUUUAUGAUUUUAUGGUUUGAUAACCUGAAAAAAAUAGAUCCUGAUCACUCCGUUUUUCUAUUUUGACGAGGAAUAGUUUUUUUUUUCAAAGCAUGUCCAAUUAUCCGUAGUAUAUCGGUUGAGCCCAUCGACUAUGGCUGCAUUAUGCAGUUUCGUGGUUUCUCUACGCAACGUAUCGAAGGUGAUUUCCAAAGAAGGGAUAUGGUCGGUUUGCUCAGUUAAUCGGGUUAGGAUCGUUCAGUUACCCAUAAAGCGAAGAUUCAACAGCGACAGUAAUAAUAAAGGAGGAAAAGAAGACAAUCCUAAUUUUUUUCUAGGAGUGCCGAUUAAUGAAUUUCGGACUGUUCAUAGUUUCAAGUUGGGCGAAGGCGAAGAUUCAGAUCCAGAAAAAGUAGCUGUACAUUUUGUUCGUGACUUGAGUAAAGACUAUGAAAUGCAAUGCGAAGGUCUUCGAAAAUUCUUGUCCACUAUUGAUCCCGCUGAAAGAGAAGAUUUGUUGAUUCACUUGCUAGCAAAUGCUCGACUGAAAAAUGAUGAUUUGGCGUUGGAUAAAGAAACAUUAAUUACGAGUGAGGUACUGAAACAACAGCUGUUCGUGGCAAACUUGUGGAAAAAGCGAAAGUUUUUAAAUGCGCCUGUCUUGGAUGAUGAUAGUCGUGAACGAUUGGAGUCUUUUUUUAUGCAUCGAGAUGAUAUCGUGUCUGCUGUGGAGCCUGAUUCUACGUACACGUAUGAUGAUGCAGAUGAUGACAGAAAAGUUCCUGAAAAAUUCUGUUGGUACUAUAAUACUGUGAGACGAAUAAUCGAAUACUAUUAAAAAAAUGAAUAAUUUUUGUGGUGAUCAAUAUGUUGCAAUGUGGUCCUCGAUCUCUUAUUUUUUUAAAUUUGGAAUUGUCAAGUACACAAGAUCAUUAUUCAA